CGUGAUUACUUAUCUGUCAUAAAAAUUUCGCCUUUUGUGUGUUGUCGUUUUGUGAUAUUCAAGUGUUGCUGCGACGGUCCUCCUUCAUCAAAAGAAUUACAAUUAUAACAAUACAUUGUAGUGUCGCCGUCGCAUCUUCGUAAAAAUGGAUGUUUUCCUAUCCACCCUGAACGUGUGUUGGUCAACUUUGGAGUGCUGGUGUUGGACCGAUAACUAGUCAUGCAAUAAUGAUUAAGAUCCAGUUUGUACGUGGGAAAAUUAAAUCAGAUAGAUGAUUAUAAUACAACAUCAUUUUUAUGGAUGCGUUGACGCCAGACAUUAGAAUAUCAAAGUCUGAUAGGAGUUUUUCUCCUGUAAAAAAUUCAAUGCCUAAAAUGGCCAAUAAACCAUGGAAUGCUGCUACUUUUUCUGCCGAUGAAAUUGCUAUGAGUCGAUGUAAAUCACCUGUGGGAUCAUCUGGUAGUAUUCGAGUAGUUCGUCAUGAACGAGGGGGAUCUGCAGAUACUGGACUCAUUAGACCAGAUAACUUAUCAAGUUAUGCAUCUAGUGAAGAACCUAAUCCAACUGGCAACAAUGAAGACGAUGGUGAUUUAUUCUACUCAUAUUCUGCAUACAAUAGCGCUGAAUUAGCAGAUGAUUCUGAUGGUACAAAAAAAAGAGCGGCAAUGGAUCAUGUCCGUUCUAAAAUUGUUCGUACAAAGGAUUUGAUUCGAAGUGAACAAACAGCUAGAGAUGAUAAUGUCAAUGAAUAUUUAAAAUUAGCUUCAAAUGCAGAUAAACAACAAUUAGCUCGUAUAAAAUCAAUAUUUGAAAAGAAAAAUCAAAAAUCUGCUGUUGGCAUAUCACAGUUACAAAAAAAACUUGAGGGUUAUAAUAAGCGAUUAAAAGACUUAGAAACACAUGGGCUUACAACUUCACAUCACUUAAAACAACCCAAAGAAAUGCUAAGAGAUGUUGGACAUGGUUUAAGACAUGUUGGUGGUAAUAUAAGAGAUGGAAUUUCUGGUUUAUCUGGAUCAGUGAUGUCUAAACCGCGAGAAUUUGCCCAUUUAAUUCGAAAUAAAUUUGGUAGUGCUGACAAUAUCAAUUCUAUAUCAAGAUCAAGUGAAGCAGAUCUAACAGAAGAUAAUAGUGAUCAGCAGAGUGGUCGCAACCAUCAUGGUAGUGCUACUUUGCCAGGUGGUGUUGGACUUCAUGCAUCAACUGGUGGUGCUGUUGUAUCUCGCAGUGAAGAUGGUGCUUCUGAAUGCAGUUCUGUAACUAGUGAAUCAAUUCCACCACGGACUGGGCCUGGUGGACCUCCACCUCCUGCAUCAGCAACCACUUCUUUAGAACCAGUUUGGGCUGAAUUAGAUCAUUUGCGCUCAAAAAUGGAACAUAUUAAACAAUUAGUAUCUAAAGAUAUUGCAUCAUUAAAUCAUUCCCUUCAGGAAGAACGUUUUCGUACUGAACGGCUUGAAGAGCAAAUAAAUGAUCUCACUGAACUACAUCAGAAUGAAGUGGAAAACCUUAAACAAACCAUCACAGAUAUGGAAGAAAAAGUGCAAUACCAGAGUGAAGAAAGACUUCGUGAUAUUCAUGAAAUGCUUGAAGCAUGUCAAACCAAAAUGUCUAAAAUGGAACAUCAGCAGGCACAGCAUCAACAAUAUGUUACUUUAGAAGGUUUAGAUAAUUCUAAUGCUCGUGCAUUGGUGGUAAAAUUAAUAAAUGUGCUCCUUACUGUGCUCCAGGUGGUAUUACUUCUAGUUGCCACUUUUGCUGGCAUUCUAAUGCCAUUUUUAAGAACUCGUUUAAGAAUUAUUACCACAACUGCUGUUGUUGCUGGAUUAUUUAUAGCAGUAAAACAAUGGCCAGACAGUGUUAGUUUAAGUGAUUACCUUAUUAAGCAUGGCAAACAAGCUUUGUUAUCUGUCAAAUAG